GAAAAGAAAACUUCCAUUAGAGAGAGAGAUACCUUGUCCAAACUCUCUGGCAAAUCAUUUGUUUGGUUUUUGGAGUUCGUUUAAGGGAUUGAGAAAAUAUCAACAGAAGAGAAAGAUUCAUGGCUGAUAAAUGUAUCAAACUUCACUUAGCCUCUGUUUUCUUCUUUUUAGGGCUUCUAAUUUCAUCCUUCAACUUGCAGGGUAUUGCAGCAGAAAAUCUUUCCAAGCAGAAACUGACCUCAUGGAUUCUUCAGAAUGAGAUCGUCAAGGAAGUCAAUGAGAAUCCAAACGCUGGAUGGAAAGCUGCUUUCAAUGAUCGGUUUGCAAACGCCACUGUUGCAGAGUUUAAGCGCCUCCUUGGUGUUAAACCAACACCAAAGACGGAAUUUUUGGGUGUACCUAUUGUGAGUCAUGAUAUAUCUUUGAAGCUUCCUAAAGAAUUUGAUGCUAGAACCGCUUGGUCACAGUGCACCAGUGUUGGAAGGAUCUUAGAUCAGGGUCAUUGUGGUUCUUGCUGGGCCUUUGGUGCUGUUGAAUCACUGUCUGACAGAUUCUGCAUCAAAUAUAACAUGAAUAUUUCUUUAUCUGUCAAUGAUCUCUUAGCAUGUUGUGGAUUCCUUUGCGGACAAGGUUGUAACGGUGGAUACCCAAUUGCUGCGUGGCGGUACUUUAAGCACCACGGUGUAGUAACUGAAGAGUGUGAUCCAUACUUUGACAAUACUGGCUGCUCUCACCCGGGAUGUGAACCCGCUUACCCUACACCAAAAUGUGCGAGGAAAUGUGUUAGCGGAAACCAGCUUUGGCGUGAAUCAAAACAUUAUGGUGUUAGCGCGUACAAGGUCAGAUCUCACCCUGAUGACAUUAUGGCAGAAGUUUACAAAAAUGGACCUGUUGAGGUUGCCUUUACUGUUUACGAGGACUUUGCACAUUACAAGUCAGGAGUGUACAAGCACAUAACAGGUACUAACAUUGGAGGUCAUGCUGUUAAACUUAUUGGCUGGGGAACUUCUGAUGACGGUGAAGAUUAUUGGUUGCUUGCAAAUCAAUGGAACCGAAGCUGGGGAGAUGAUGGUUACUUCAAGAUCAGGAGAGGAACAAACGAAUGUGGCAUUGAACAUGGUGUUGUAGCUGGUUUACCUUCAGACAGGAACGUAUUUAAAGGUAUUACUACUUCAGAUGAUCUUCUUGUUUCCUCAUUUUAAACAGGAAGAUGUGUCUCUACUUCUUCUGUAAUACAUAAUUUGCCAGUGUGUUGUUGUUACCAAUGAAAUAAUUAAACGACUUUCGACCCAAAAAGAAGUCUAUUGUACAUAGCAUUUAGCUUUUUUUUUAUAUCCAAUAUAAUGUGUUGUUGUUUCCA